UGCAGCUUUUGGCGACGCCCGCCACAGUUUCGGGGUGUUUUCCCCUUAGAGACGGUUAGCCCGGAAGCGGAAGCGGCCUUGGUUUGACCACUCUCCCUCCCUCCCUCUUUCUCGGCGACAAUGGCAGUGGCUGCAGGUUCAAGGAUUCUGUUCACAUUUGCUCUUCUGACCUUUACUGAGGCCAUCACUCUUAAGCACUAUUUGUCAAAUACUGAUUCUGAAAGAUUAGCACAAACCUUGGAACAGCCUCUAUUAAAUUUGGAGAAUGCCUAUUACACCAUAGUCGGCUUGCAAAAGCUAGGAAAACAUGUAGCAGAUGAAAAGGCAGCCUGUAACUUUUUGAAAUCGCAAGUGGACAUCACAAGUGUUGAUUCCCUUUUUUAUGCAGCUGAAGCAAGUCAAGCUCUACAUGAUUGUGAGAUUUCAGUCAACAAUGCAACUAGAGAUUAUUUGUUAUCAACUGUGAGUGAUGAUGCUUCAAUUACCCAAAUUUAUCAUGCGGUUGGAGCUUUGAGCAAUCUUGGCCUUCCUCUGGCAUCUCAGGAAGUUCUCAAAGCCCUUACAACUCACAUUUCUAAAGAUGAUGCCUCCUUGGGAAUUAUAAAUGCGUUGUUGGCAGCUUCUUACCUUUCUCAGCAGGCUGAUCUGAGAAGCAUUAUGGAGGAGAUUGAGGAUCUAAUUGCACGUCUUGAUGAUUUGGGAGGUAUUUAUCUUCAGUUUGAGGAGGGGUUAGAGACCACAGCAAUGUUUGUAGCUGCUACAUAUAAGCUCUCUGACCAUGCUGGAAUGGAACCAGCAAUCAAAGAGGAUCAAGUCAUUCAGCUGGUCAAUGCCAUUUUCAGUAAGAAAUAUUAUGCCACUCUGUCGGAGGCUUUUAGCAUUGCUUAUGCGGCUGCAGCUUUGUCUCAGAAUCAUUAUCACAUUCCAGUUAUUGUAGUACCAGAAGGAUUAGCCUCUGUUUCACAUAAGAACAACAACUUGAAGUUACGUGUUAUGAAUGUCAUGUCCCAGAGUCUGACUUCAGCUGAUGUUCAGCUUGAAUAUGCCAAAUCUGCGUUGACAAAAAACACAAUUCUUCAGCAGUCGUCCUUUGCUUUGAAUGGUGAUAUCUUUGAAUUGAAUUUUAUGGAGGCAAAGCCACUAAAUGGAUAUUAUGAUUUCUCUAUUGUUGUGGAAGGUGAUAACAGAUAUAGAGGAAAUCAUGUGGAGCUGAAAAUCAAGGUUGCCACUGAAGUUGGGAUAACAAAUGUUGAUGUUUCCAUAGUUGAUAAAGAUCAAACCAUUGCACCAAAAACCACAAGGGUGAUUUAUCCACAACAAGCCAAGGGUGUUAUUACUGCUGAUGGUCACCAGAGCUUCGCAUUAUCUUUCACGUUGGUUGAUGUAAACACUGGAUUUCAGCUUACUCCACAUCAAACAUUUGUGCGGCUGUACAAUCAGAAGACUGAACAGGAAGUGGUAUUUGUGGCUGAACCAGACAGUAAAAAUAUAUACAAGUUUGACUUGGAUGUGACAGAAAGAAAGUCUGAAUUUAAUUCAGUCUCUGGAUCUUAUGACCUCUCUUUGAUAAUUGGAGAUGCAACACUUGAAAACCCAAUUUUAUGGCACCUGGCUGAUGUUGUAAUUAAGUUUCCUGAUGAAGAAUCUCCAACCCCAGUACAAUCUCGGGAUCUCUUUGCCGCCAAACCUGAAAUUCAGCAUCUCUUUAGGGAACCUGAAAAGAAGCCACCAAUUGCAGUCUCAAAUACUUUCACUGCCCUUGUGUUAGCUCCUCUCCUACUGCUUAUAAUUCUGUGGAUCAAAUUGGGUGUCAACAUCUCUAACUUCACCUUUUCACCAAGCACUAUCGUCUUCCAUUUGGGUCAUGCCGGGAUGUUGGGAUUGAUGUAUGUAUAUUGGACUCAACUGAACAUGUUCCAGACUCUGCAGUAUCUCGCUGUGCUUGGCAGCAUCACCUUCUUUGCUGGGAACAGAAUGUUAGCUCAAAAGGCUGUGAAGCGGAUUGCAGCAGAACAAAGCAGUAGAUUGGCAAAAUAUAGGACUCUUCGGUAGAAGGGUUUCUAAUCAACUUAACCCAAAUUGGGGAGUCAAUAGGAGCACUUGAAGAAGAAAAUCUGAAGAUAAGCUUCUUUCUAAAGCCUGCAGUUGUGCCACCAGAUUUCUGAAAUUUGAUUGUAAUUUCCUUUCUCGAAGUGGUGAAGGUGUUUUUUUUAAUGCAUUGACAUUUGGGCCACGUGAGGCCGCCUCUGACAUUUUUCACAAGUAAUUUGCUGCACUUCAGUGUUGGCUUUCCUUUGGCUGUCUCUGAUGGUACAUGUGUGAUAUCAGUUUAUUUUCUGCAAUAAAUGAGCAGAAAAUGAAAUUGUCAACUUUAUUGAGAUCUUCAAUAAACUUUAAAGUUUCUCGAGUA